GACGCUGCUGGAGCGAAGGCCAAUGCUCUCGCAACGCUCGAGAAGCUGGCACAAGCCACUCCUUUCGUGCUCCCAAAGCUACCGGCGCUGGUAGAUCUUUUUGCGGACAGCAAGCUCGGCCCGCCAGCCGUCAAGGCUGCCGUCGCCAUCGUCUCCAACAUCCAGCCGAAGGGCCACGGAAUUGCAAGCGAGGUAAUGCCAGUGCUGCUCAAUGGCAUGCAGGACAAGCGGUGGAAGACCAAAGCUGGUUGCAUCGAUGUGCUGCUACCAUGCCUUCUUCAGAUGUUCGAUGCGACCCCCGGGCAGCUAGCCGAGUGUCUGCCGCAGAUUCUUUCACGGCUGGCGGAGGCUGCAUUGGAGGUCAGGGCCGAAAUCCGCACUGCCACGGGGGCAGUGCUGCGGGAGAUCGGCAACCUAGUUGCAAGCCCUGAGAUCAAGAAGCUGUCUCAGGACUUGGUGACAGCUUUGGCAGAGCCCACGAACCAGAAGCACACCCAGGAUGUGCUGGCGAGAAUGGGGAAUCAGACAUUUAUGUCUUUGAUUGAUGCCGCAUCCCUCUCUCUUCUGAUGCCCAUCGUUGUUCGAGGACUCAGGGAGCGAGAGCCAGCCAGCAAGAAGUGGUCUGCUCAGAUCUUCGGCCCGCCCCCAAGAGCUCUCUGUUUGUUUAAUCAGAUUCAAUCAGCUUUAGCAUGA